AUGGAGCUAGUAAUAGCAAUCUGUCAUCACCUUCCCCAAAUUGCCCAUGCCCAUCACCAUCGCCAGCAUCAUCAUCGGGCAUAUCUGCUGUAUCCAUUACAGCAACAGCACCACGUUUCGUCUUGCAACAAGCUGCGUGCUAAGUCAGAUGAAGGCGACUCUGUCAUCGUUAUACAGCAAACAAUUAGUCAAAGUCAAAAUCAGGAUAACACCACAACCUGUUUACACUGUAAUACGGCUCGCCGAACAACAGGAGUGCAUCAAACGACGCAAACUACUGGGCCGAUUAGUCCAGUUCCAGUGGCCAUGCCACUUGUCCCGAUUAAAGUGGCAGCUAUCAAUGAUUUAUCGAAAAUUAAGCAUCAUGAACAAGAGUUGACAAAUACAAAAAUGACCGACGCCACUUUUCCUAAUCAGCAAACAAAACAUGCUGACAAUACGAACAAGUUACCCACAUUGCAACGUCAAACGCACUCUCAUCAAAUGUAUGCGUCUUCAACAAUGGCACCAUCCCAACUCAUUGUAGGCUCGCCACGAAAUCAAAUGCAACAUCUGCAACAACAACAGUUUCAAGUUUUAGCGCAGCCUUCACAACAGCAACAGCAGCCCUCAUUACAGCAGCAGCAAUCGCAACAACAAACCUAUCAUUAUUCCUGCAAGAAACGUAUUAGCAUUUAUAUGCGACGGAAAUCGCUCGUUUUUGGCGUAGAGAGCAGCUCUGAAGCGGCCGACUUCAUGCUCUGGUAUGGACGGCAACAACGAUUAGCAAUAAGGCGUUUUGGUUUAUUAAAGACCAACCAAGAGCUAGAGUAUAAUGGAACCAAUUCAAAUGAUAAUCGUGAUGCAAGUGGUACUGCUGGAAUGGGAUGUCGAGGCAAUCAACGCAAUGUUGCCGAUGGUUAUGCUAAACCACCGGAUAUUUUGCCAGCUCGCGAUGCUCAAUACAACGAUAUUACGCUUUAUGGUGCCUGUCGUUGGCACGAUAAAUUAAAUGCUAAUCACGAUUACGAUGCUGCAGACUAUAUCGAGCGUAAGGCAACGGUUGUGCAUAUGUUAAUAACUGGCAUUAGUUAUGUUAUCAACAUCUUUAACACUAGGCUAACAAACAAGAUUAGUAAUAGGGGCUGUACAAGUAGUAAUAAACGACCUCAAUGGUCACGUAGUUUUGCCCCAAUUCACGUGAAUGGUCGGUCAGAUCGAGAUGUAGAUCAUAGUGACCAAGCUGAACGGCAUCAUCAAAUGGAUAUUGAUGUGAAUGAUUGCACCAGUAUGAUAGCUACAAUCAUUGAAGAUGAGUUAUUCUUUGAUAAUCCAAGUGAAGCAACAUUAGUGGCGAACACUAAUAAUGAUGAAACCAUCGGUGCAGAUAUGGAUCGGAAGAAAACAGCAAAUAAAACUGUGCCUUUGGGAUUAGGCAUAGAUGCUAGCGUUGGUGUCUAUAUGACAGAGCGUCAUCACAAUGGUUGGCGAACCUCUGCAAUAAAUACGGCCAAUAAUGAUGUGCAUUUUAUAGGUUCGUCUCAUGAUGCACAUAUCACUCAAACGAAUCAAAUAAAUAUAAGUAAUUCGGUGCAGAAUCAGCCACAUCCGAUUCGUGCCUCCAAUUUUAUUGCACCGUCGACUAAUCGGGCUACUAGAAUCAGUGCACAGUUACUCGAUGGUGUUUUGGAAAAUUCCCGGCGUCCGCCAAUGCGACGAAUUAAAUAUUUUUCCGUCAAUGAUUUGGAUGAUCGCACCGAUCAUCGACCUUUUACAUACUGGAUUAACACUGUUCAAAUUGUUGUACUAUUCCUGUCCAUCGUUUGCUAUGGCAUUGCACCGAUUGGGUUUGGAACCGAACAAAAGACUGGCCAGGUUUUAGUGACCAGUCUAAGUCUUCAAACCGUACAACACGUUGAACCCCGCAAUUUCUGGAUAGGUCCGCGCAGCAAUGAUUUGGUUCAUAUGGGAGCAAAGUUUGCAGCUUGUAUGCGCCGAGAUAUGAAAAUCAUGGACGUUCUUACUAAAACUAAGCGACAGGAGCGUGAAACCGCGUGUUGCAUACGAAACGAUGAUUCUGGAUGCGUUCAGAGCUCACAGGCCGAUUGUUCCAUACGCGGGCUGUAUCCAGCAAAAUCCAUAUCGACUUGGAAAAAAUGGUCACCCGGCGAAUCCGGUCCUGGCGGUCGUAUAUCAGGAUCAGUGUGCGGCUUAGAUCCCAAAUAUUGUGACGCGCCUGCGUCGAUUGCACCAUACGAGUGGCCUGAUGAUAUUACCAAAUGGCCUAUAUGCCGAAAAACCAAUUCAUUUUCGCAACGCUAUCGCUACAAAGAUCAUACUGCCGAGCAUAUGGUUUGUGAAGUAAUUGGACAUCCCUGCUGUACUGGUCUUUAUGGGGAAUGUCGCAUAACGACACGAGAAUAUUGUGAUUUCGUCAGUGGUUACUUUCAUGAAGAAGCAUCACUUUGCUCGCAAAUAUCUUGCUUGAACAACGUUUGUGGCAUGUUUCCGUUCUUCUCAGUAGAAAUUCCAGAUCAGUUUUAUAGACUACUCACUUCGCUAUGCAUGCAUGCCGGUAUCCUGCAUCUGGCAAUUACUCUGAUAGUCCAGCAUUUGUUUCUCGCCGAUUUGGAGCGUUUAAUUGGAACAAUGAGAACAGCUAUCGUAUACAUAACAUCUGGGUUAGUGGGCAAUCUCACAAGUGCAGUACUCGCUCCACAUCGUCCGGAAGUGGGACCAUCUGCUUCACUCUGCGGCGUAGUCUCAGCCCUAAUUUCCCUACUGAUACUAAUGCACUGGAAGCAUCUACACAAGCCGUAUGUGGCAUUGAUCAAGUUUAUACUUCUAUGUACGGUACUAUUCGGCAUUGGCACACUGCCAUAUCAAUUAAAUUUCGCUGGUUUGCUAGCUGGUGUCGCGUGCGGAGCAUUUUUAACAAUAUCAUUAGUUCCAUUUACCACUUUUUCAACAUAUGAGCGCAAGAAAAAGAUCAAUCUGAUUUGGACAUGUAUACUCUUUCACUUGUUAGUUUACGUCACAUUAAUUGCAACUUUUUACAUCUAUCCAAGCGAGUUCAGUACAUUGAAUAUUGUUGAAGAUAUAUUUGAUAGUGGAACGCAUAAUUACAUUAGCCCCACAAACAACAAUAUUGGACACCACAAUCACAAUGGCGAAGUGGUUGGCAACACACAAAGAUAUUCACAAACCCAGAGCCAAUAUCCUCAGUACUUUUAUCACCCCCAUUCGGAGAUCAUUAGGAAUAGUGUUGACUUCACCGAAGGAGAUAGUUUUACACAAUUGCUACAUCCGGCUGAGAUGAAUCGACAGGAAGAUAUUAAACCUUGGCCAGAAAGAGCGUAUACGAGAUUAUUUGGCUACAAUAAAAAUUAUAGUAUUAAGAACACUAUGCACAGCAGAAGUGCAGAUGGAAUUAUCAAAGACAAAGGAAAUUUCAACUCAUCGCUUGACAAUAUAGUCAUGGCUACCAACCAUAUUGAUUACAAACUUAACGCUAAUUUAAAUAUUACCAAAAUAAAGGGCCUAUAAAUUAUUUCUCAUAUUUAAAUUAUAAAAUCAAAUAAAUUUCCCCAAUAGUGGCGAAUUUAAAUGAGUGCACAAAAAACGAUUAUAUAAAAAGAUUGAAAUAAACAUUUACAAUUUCAUGAAAAUUAAUCUUUAUUUUCUUAGACUUAAAUAAGGUAUAAAAUUACCAACGUCCGCGUCCUCCCCAGCACUACGUCCUCCACCACCUCCGCGACCCCUACUGAAUCCACCACCGUUUCCACCACGACUUGAACCUCUAAAUCCACCACCAACGCCACGAGCACCUCGACUACCUUUAAAUAAAUAAACAAAUAUAUUACAAUUCUGUUCAUUAAACUUUUUAAUCACGAUUAGCAUACCCAUUCCAGUUCCGCGACCUCGAAAUCCACCUACGCCACUCCCACCAGCUCUUUUCUUCGCUCCUUUGGGCUGUGGUGGUUUUGGUAGAAAUCUUGCAAU